AUGGAGUAUGUGAGCCUCUUCUGGCAUGAACAUCCUUUAUGUUAUAAAGUUGGUUUAAUUGCUGAUGGCUGCGAGGAGUGCCAUAAGUCUAUAGGAAACCUUGUUGCUUGGAACCCUUUAUAUGAAUGCUCUGUAUGCAAAAUCAAAUGGCAUCCCUCUUGCGUUCCAAGCUCACCAGAGAUUAUCAACCACCCCUGCCACUCGAACCAUCCCCUCGAGCUUCGCCUCCAAGGACCACCUCACUACGCUAACGGGAAAUGCAGCCUCUGCCAACACAAACUCUCCAGCUUCAUUUACCAUUGUGAGCUAUGCGAUUUCAAUGUAGAUGUGAACUGCGCAAAGAACCCGCCUCCCGUCACCGUGGAUCAUCCGAAGUGCCACGAGCAUGCACUCACCCUCAUGGGGAGAGACGUAUCCUUCACAUGUAACGCUUGUGGUACGCACGGUGAAAGAAACCCUUAUGUAUGUCUUCCAUGCUCUCUCAUGUUUCAUUACGAUUGUAUCGAUCUACCACAUGUCAUAAACAUCAACCGUCAUGACCAUCGCAUAUCUCAUGCGUAUCCUCUCACACCUGGUGAUCGGAUAUGUGAGGUAUGUCGUGGAGAGAUCACCUGGAGGUACGGAGCUUAUUCAUGCGAAAAAUGUUCGGAUUUCUCUGUUCACUCCUUAUGUGCAACAAGAAUAGACGUGUGGGACGGGAUAGAACUCGAAGGGACACAUGAGGAAGAGGUAGACACUAUGCCAUUCAAAGUGAUCGAAGAAGGGGUGAUAAACCAUUUGUUCCAUGAAGAACACAACUUAUUACUUGUUGAUGGCGGCGAAGGCAUACAUUGUGAAGCUUGCGCCCAUACAAUUUCUUCAGAGAAGCACUACAAAUGUAUGGACGAAUGUGGUUUCUUUCUCCACAAGAAAUGUGCUAACCUUCCUCUUAGAAAACGACAUGGGCUUACAACACGUGUACUUUCUCUUCACCCCGGUAAGGAGAACCACGGUCGAUUAUACAGCUGUUAUGCUUGUGGUAGAGUUGUGAGUGGGUUUAGAUACGAGGAUGGUGAGGAUAUAGUAUUAGACGUGCAUUGUGCGUCUCUCUCUUGGUUUCGGAACCCUAAACUUCAUCCCCACGCAUUGUUUCUUACCACAUUAGACCGUGGCACUUGUGUGGCUUGCGACGAGACUGACGUCUACGUGCUGAGCUGCGUUGAAUGUGAGUACUCAUUGGAUUUCAAAUGCGCUACUCUACAAAAAGUGAUAAAGCACAGGUGCGAUGACCAUUUCUUAGUGUUGUCCUGUGGUGAGAAAGACUGGUGUACGAUAUGUGAAGCGGAAACAAAUCCUGAGAAAUGGUUCUAUACGUGCUAUGAUUGUGGGGUCGUGUGCCAUGUUGAUUGCGUGAUUGGAGACUCGUUGAACAUAAAGCCAGGAUUCACAUUCAUGGGAAAGCUCGAGGGGUUGAAGUUGAAGUUAGAAGCGGUCCUCAACGAUACCAAUUCUAGACCACUGUGCUCAUGUUGUGGCUCUCGUUGUAGGUUCCCUAUUGUUUAUAACCUUUCGCUUAGCACCUUUGAGAGCUUCCACUGCUCAAUAGAAUGUAUCCUAAACUAUUUGGAGUAG